AUUCGGCACGUACAUCUGGUAAAAAAUGAAAAUUUAGGAAAAGCAAAAGAAAAUAUUUUCAAGAUUAAAGACGUAAAUAAAACUUAUAAAUUAAAAUGAACACCUUGAAGACAUUAACGAAUGUCUUGAAAGCCAACAAUGCUGGUCUUAUCAGAUGUCAUACGCAGUUGAAGCAGCAACAGUUGUGGUGUUUAAAACGUGCAGCAAACUAUUCCACAGCUGUCUUUAUACGUAACAUUGGCGGCUCAGUCCACCCAGCUACAAUUUACAGCAAUAAGGAUUGUUUUAAGCAACAAAGCCUGCUAUUGCCACAAUUACAAACCCAUGUCUGUGCUCCCAUCUACAAUACACGCUGUCAAUUUGGCACAAAGAAUGCACCCGACAGAGCCAACAAGUCUGAUACCAAAGCAGCAGCCGUAACAGAUGUUGACUUAUUUGGUGAGACCUCUAAAUUGGGUUUGUUUGCUAAAUUUAAGCUUAUGUAUAAGAAAUACUGGUAUGUGUUGAUACCAGUGCAUGUUGUGACCUCAGCUGGAUGGAUGUGUGGUUUUUAUUAUUUAUCCAAAAGCGGUGUAGAUGUACCAUCACUUUUGCAAUACAUACAUCUUAGUGAGACUAUCAUAGAAAAAGUGCAAAGUUCUAAUUUGGGUCAUUGGGCUGUGGCGUAUUUGUGCUAUAAAGUGGCCACACCAGUACGUUAUGCAGUCACUUUGGGUGGCACCACCGUUUCAAUUAAGUACUUAGUUCAACAGGGUCACAUCAAGCCAAUGCCCACUAAAGAAGAAUUUGUUCGCAUGUAUGAAGACCAAAAAGCCCAGAGAGCUGCUGUAAAGGCAAAUGCCGAAAAAGAACAGCAAGACCAACAAAAUAAAUGAUUUUAUGAUAAACACUGCAAAUUCAAAGCGAACAAACCCAAAUAAGUGUUACAACAACGAUUUGCAGUGAGAUCGUAAAAAUCACAACAAAUAGUCCUAAAAAGAGUUAGAGAAAAUAACAAUUUCAAAUACUCAUCCUGCUCCUCCCCAUUUCCAAUUUAAAAAAAAAACAAAAUAAUCUUGAAUGAAUUGAAAAUAACUCUUACGACAUAAAGAUGACUUGUUGCCGGAAAGUGUUUUUGUUAUUUAUUUCCCCAAAGAGAUCGUCAAUAUCACGCUGAGAGUGAAUGAAAACUAAUGUAAUGAUUUACAGUAGAAAUUAAAUUUAUAUUUUUUUAAUAUUUAUAAGUAGAGUUCUGGUUCUGUUAAUUAAGCUCUCUGGUUUAAAAUUCAAAAAAAAAAAACAACUUGUUUUAAAGUUUGUGUUAUUUUAUAAAACAAUUUGUUUUUGUUAAUGAUUUUAUGACAAAGAGAGUCUCAAGCAAUCUAUUUUGCCAGUAACAGAACUACAAAUUGCCUAAGUUUAACUUUGUUAAUGUUAUUUUUUAACAAUGAAACGUAUAUUAAAAUACUACGCUAAAUAAUCAUUUCAAAUGAUGUUAAAUUAAAAUACAUAUUCGAAAAAAAUAA